CCGCCAAGCCGGGACAAGAGCACCGCCAAUGGACAUGGAGCUCGACGAGGCUCGCCGCGGCUUCGGCAAGAUGGGGUUCGGAUGCAAGCACUACCGGAGGCGGUGCAGGAUCCGGGCGCCCUGCUGCAACGACGUCUUCAACUGCCGCCAUUGCCACAACGAGUCCACGAAAGACGGGCAUGAGCUCGACCGACAUGCCGUUGAAUCGGUUAUAUGUCUCGUCUGUGACACCGAGCAGCCGAUCGCGCAACUGUGCACCAACUGCGGCGUCUGCAUGGGGGAGUACUUCUGCAGGGCGUGCAAAUUCUUGGACGACGAUGUUGACAAGGAGCAAUACCAUUGCAAAGACUGCGGCAUCUGCAGAGUUGGAGGGAAGGAAAAGUUCUUCCACUGCCAGAAGUGCGGAUCGUGCUACUCGGUCACUCUCCGCGACAAACAUCGUUGCAUCGAGGACUCGAUGAAGAACAACUGCCCAAUCUGCUACGAGUACCUGUUCGAUUCUCUGAGGGAGACGUCCGUGCUGAGAUGCGGGCACACCAUGCACUUGCAGUGCUUCCACGAGAUGCUGAAGCACGACAAGUUCACUUGCCCCAUGUGCUCCAUGUCUAUCUUUGACAUGGAAAAGUUCUUGAGUGCCUUGGACGCCGAGAUCGAGGCGAAUUUCUUGCGCACGGAUUACAUGGGAAAGGGAUGGAUCGUGUGCAACGACUGCAGGGACACGACGCGAGUGUACCCGGGCAUGGCAGGGCAGAGGAAGUGUUGCCACUGCCAGUCCUACAACACCUGCAGGGUCGCUCCCCCGGUGCUCCCGGCCUAGUAGCUCCGAUCGACACCUGCAUAUUGCUUCGUCGGUCAUGUCGCU